CUCUCUGUGUAUGUGUCUGUCUGUCUGUCUCUCUCUUUUGUGUGUGUGUGUAUGUGUAUGUGUGUCCGCGCAUGUGUGUAUGAAACCUACUGACUCCAGUUAUUAUUGCCUUUAUUUGCAUGAGUUUUGGGGAUAACCACUUAGGAUUGGGUUCUCAUCACUUAAAAAACAAACAAACAAACAAACAAACAAACAUCUGGUUCUCCCUCCCUCAGCUGCCACUGACUGUCUAUAGCUCUUCGUCUACUUGUUAGGCCUGAUGAAAUUUUCCUUCAUCCAUGUCAGCCUGUUGAAUGAUGUGGUCUUGACAGAUCUUUUUUUUCGCCAAAAGAUUUCUUCUCUCUCCUCCAUGAUUUGACUUUGUCAAGGGAGCAAAAACUUCGUUGCCUUGAACUUCAGAUAGGAUAGAUUGCCAGAGCACCGACCCAGAAAGUCCUCAUUCUCAGCCACCAUGCUAUUCUUUAAAAGGUACACGUGGCUACUGGGAAAGGCUGAGGAAUUCAGGCAAGGUAAUGAAGUCAUGUGCCAAAUGCAUUGGACAAAUGGAGCUACCUGGAGACUCCCGCAAAGGGAAGGUUGUAUUAACUAAAGAUACUAACUAUAUCUAGAGGGCAAGAGGCCCUUGUGCACACAGAUUAGCACUGGAGAAGCCAGGAAAAACGAAACAUGCAGGCUCAUCUCAUCAAAGGAAAAAUAUGUCUACCCGUCUUCCUCCCAGAAUGCUGGGAAGACUGUGGUUCACAGCCUAGUGACCCUUCACUGUCUGUAGAGCCAGGCUUCAGAUGUAGCCUCCAGGAUUUAUGCUUUGUUUAUCCCAGACCCUUUCCCCCAACGCUUGAAUGUUGUUUCAAGUCUAUUUAUUAAGCCCCUCCUUAUGAGAGACGUCACGUCACUCCUAUUUUACAGCAGCCUAAGUGAUGUCUAUGAUAUCUUAGGCCAGGCCAACUCUGGCACUGAUCUUAUGCUUACCUGAGUCAGUCAUUCUCCCAAGGCCCUAAGCCUGGAGCAACUGUUUCUGAGUCAACAGAACCUAUCUUUAAGGACGAGCCUCAAAGCAAACAUGUCUUACGUUUUUUUUACACUUGAGACUGAGUUAAUUAUUAUCAGUGAUAAUUAUUAUAACACCAAACUUCCCCCACCCCCCAAACCAUCGGUGUGCUUAAAUAUGGCUAAAACAAACCAAUUUGGUGUCAGAAGCCAAGAAGCUUGGCUCAGCACCGCGGAGUCAGGCUAAACGGAGUUUCAUUCUUACCUCUUGCCUGGAUCGUUUCUCGGCUUUCAACGAUGCUUGCAGGGACCCUCCCAGCUGGCACCAAAUGUGGGGCACACAACCCUUCGAGAAGCCUGGAAAGGAAAUUUACCCUAGAGAUGAAAAUGGCCGAAUUAUAUAUGACAAAACAAAUCUGUGUGCCACGUGGGAGGCAUUGGAAGCUUGCAAAGAUGCUGGCUUGGUGAAAUCCCUUGGGGUGUCUAAUUUUAACCGCAGGCAGCUGGAGCUCAUCUUGAACAAGCCAGGACUCAAGUACAAACCAGUCACUAACCAGGUGGAGUGCCACCCGUAUUUCACCCAGACAAAACUCUUGAAAUUCUGCCAGCAGCAUGACAUCGUCAUUGUCGCACAUAGCCCCUUAGGGACCUGCCGCAACCCAUCAUGGGUGAACGUCUCUUCUCCACCCUUGUUAAAUGACGAACUCCUAACCUCACUGGGGAAAAAGUACAAUAAGACACAAGCUCAAAUUGUGUUGCGUUUCAACAUCCAGCGAGGGAUAGUUGUCAUUCCUAAAAGCUUUACCCCCGAAAGGAUCAAAGAAAACUUUCAGAUCUUUGACUUUUCUCUCACGGAAGAAGAAAUGAAGGACAUUGAUGCCUUGAAUAAAAAUGUCCGCUAUGUGGAGUUGCUCAUGUGGAGUGACCAUCCUGAAUACCCAUUUCAUGACGAAUACUGAACAUGGAAAUUUCUUCAACAGAGUUUUUUUUUUUUCUUCAUUCAAGAUCUUAAGCUGAUUAAUCCACUCCAGAUGUAGAUAAAUGGGGUCUUGCUCUCUUCAGAUUAAGAUGGGCAGAACACACCAUGCUUAACUUUUGUGUAGUAUUAACUCAGCUAGCUCUGAUGAAGAGAAAAGAAGAUUCAUCUUUAUUUAAUCUAUCUGGAUAGUUCUUUGCAAAUGUCUUACUAAUAUCUUUAGAUCAAUGUCUUCUAGACUGUUCAUGGAAAUCACUAAACUUUACUCAAAAGUAGCAUGUAAAAGCAGGUCCAAGAAUCUGAGACUAAUAUAGGGAGUCUGAUUUGUUUAACCUUUAGCAGGACAAAGAGGUUUGCAGUUGGCACAGUUCCUGGUGCUGACCAUGACCAUGACCUACCAAAUGUUUGGACCAUUAGUUGCAAGAUGGUCACAGCCAAGGCAGAAAUCCACAUGCCAUUCCUAAUGCACCUUGAGUAGAGAUAGAACUGGAAGUCUUGAAGAGUCCUAAAGAAGAACAUACCGUAGGAUGUUCCAGGGCUAGAGGUUCCUGCAGUGCUUGCCUGGCAGGCUGGAGGCCCAGGGUGAGGGAGGUGGGGAUGAGGGCAAUCGGCAAAGCCAUGCUGAGUCUGUUUUUAUCAUUUGUUUCCAUCCAGUGUGCCCAUUCAGCCUUUCAUGUGCGUGAAGGAUGGACAACACUGAUUCUUUCUUAAAUUGUUUUUGUUUAGGAGGGUGGGGAGUUGAGACAGGGUCUUGUGUAGUCCAGACUGCUCACAAACCUGCUGUGCAGUUGAGGCCAGUCUUGAAUUCUGAAUCCCUGGUCUUUCUCCCAUUUUUAAUGCCCUGAGCUUUCAUGUGACUGGUAAGCCCUACUUGUACUAUGUUAUAAUCAUUCUUGCCUGCACUCAUCAAGAAAACCACCAUGUAAAGUGGCAAGAAACAAGAUAUACAAAUCAAGCUUUGUACCAUAAAAUCGUCUGAAGAUGGUGAUUUUUUUUUUAAAAAAUUAUUUUAUGUAUAUGAGUGCACUGUAGCUGUCUUCAGAAACACCAGAAGAGGGCAUCAGAUCUCACUACAGAUGGUUGUGAGCUACCACGUGGUUGCUGGGAUUUGAACUCAGGAAGUUUGGAAGAGCAGCCUGUGCUCUUAACCGCUGAGCAUCUUUCCAGCCCCCAAAUGAUUUUUUUUUCUUUUUUAAAGAAGGAUUUGAGAAAUGCUAGAAGAAAAGGCUUUGUAAAAGUAGUUUUUAAAGAUCUUAAGAAUAUAGUGGGGUAGCUAUCUGAAUUUUGACAAAGCUGAAAGUUCUAAAAGAGCACGAGUCAUUUUACUAUAUAUAUAAAAUUUUAAAACAUGAAUUAAAUGAUUACAACUGUAUCUAUUUUUAGUUCAUCUAAAAUACAAUACAUUUGCUUAUAUUAGAUCACUUUCAAAGGGUGAGAAGAUUCUUCAAAAGUAAUAUAUUUUUAAUAUCAAUAGUCAAAAUCAAAUGGCCCAAAGAGAACCAUUUUUGAGAAAUUAUCACUUAAAAAUGUGAUCAACACGAAUCGUUUUUGUUUCAAUAUUGUUAGCAAUGCUGUUCUCUGGGAAAUAUUUUAUUCACAAGAAUUAAUAAAAUAUGAUGAUUUGUUCCAGCA